CUCAUAAUUAAGCUGUCAGUGACACUCCCGUUAGAAAAUAACGCUGAAUGUUGUGCUCCUGUCCGACGACCGCUUCAUUAAUGAUCCGAGGGGCUCUGAAAAGGUUCUGAAGGGCUUAUAUAACGCUUAAUAUCCUAAUAUCGUCGCAAGGUCUUUAAUUACGAGCGAGCUCUUCUCAUUUUUUCACACCUCAGUCUGUCCUCCGCCUUCACACACGCAGACGGUAUAAAGGCCGGGUUUCGCGAGCUGAAGGCAGGCAUUCGAGACAUCCUUCCCCCGCCGGGCUCAGCCUCUUCAGAAUCAGGACUCAAGACACACUUACUAAAAAUGCCUCCCUACGAGAAAUCCAUGGAAGUAAUGCCUUUCAAGCAAAGGAAGUGCCUGGCAACAAGAAAGGAUGAAGUGUGCACUAUUCGCUCUAAGUUCCCCAACAAAUUACCGGUAAUAGUGGAGCGAUACCUUCGAGAGAAGAAGCUUCCCUUGUUGGACAAAUCCAAAUUUCUAGUCCCAAAUGAGCUGACAUUAGGACAGUUCGUCAGUCUGCUCAGAAGUAAGAUCGUGCUUGAAGCAUCUCAAGCUCUGUACCUGCUGGUCUCAGGAAAGAACAUGUCGUGUUUGUCUGCCAGUAUGGGAGAAGUUUAUUCGCAAUUCAGAGAUCCCGACGGCUUCCUCUACAUGACCUACGCGUCCCAGGACAUGUUCGGGUGAAAUGAGUGCACAGACCGAUACCUCUUCGAGAUAACUCACUAUUGCUGCUAAAUGAAGAUGAAAACAGGUUCUCUUCUGACCUCAUUUCUGAACAGCUGAGGUUAAUGUCGAGGGAAAAUCAGUAGAUUUGAGGGAGAUUGAGGAGUGCUUUAUGAACUGACUGUAAAGCUGUUCAUUCGGCUCCUGAUUCACAGUUUUCACAAGACGUCACAUCUUUAUAGAAACGCCCACCAGGAGGAGGGCAAAGUAAGGACUUCCUCCAUUGGCUGCCAAUCAGUCUUACUAGGCUUGUGUUUAGUAGUAAGGCAGUGAUUUUAGAGGUGUGUUCACACACUUCAAAUCAGAAAUUAUAUAUUUAGUCCCAAA